AUGGCUAUAAUUUAUGCAAAUGGAGUCAGUGGAUCUCCACUGAUAAGCUCAUCAACUGGUAGUGUUAAUCUAGUUUUAACUUGUAACAACAAUGAACGGUGGAGAGCACCUAGUUCAAAUGCAAAUAUUUGGAAUGUCACAUGCUUUUUAAAAGAUAAUCCACUGCCAACAACAACACAACCGCCAACUACAACGCCGAGUAUACCAUGUAACACAUGCAAUAAUAUCGAAACGACUCGUGUGGUAGAUCCUGAAUUAGAUGAAGGCAAUGGACAAAUUUCCAUCAGUUAUGUGAUGAAUAAAGACGGUUGCCGAGUAGCCAAUAUUAAGUGUGUGACCAAUACUGAGAAUACAGAAGCUGUAAUAUACUUUAAUGGAAUGAAACAGUCAGCAAGCAGUUCAAAUACCAGUGGAACUACAGUAAUUUCUGUAGCAUGCAAUAACAAUGGACGUUUCAGACUAGAUGGCUCGCGCGUCAAUAUUGAAAGCGCAACGUGUCUUGCACGAGAUCUUCCACCACCAACAACAACACCAUUAUCUACAGUUACGACUACUUCAUCAUCUACUGCUUUAGCAACCGUCCCACCAAUUCCAAAAUUAUGUGGCAGUUGUAAAACUCUUAAAAUUGUACAGCUGGAAAAUUUGAAAGACGAUGAAGGAAAUGGUCAAUUAACAAUUAAAUAUUCAAUGAAUAAGAAUGAUUGUCGUUUAGCAGAUGUAAUUUGUAAAAGUGACCUGGAUGAAACUAUUGCAAUAAUAUUGAUUAAUAAUCUGAGAGGUCAGCCGAUCGCAUCAAAUAAAUCUGGUAAUGCCCAAAUACAGUUGAAAUGUGGAAAGAACGCACGAUGGCGAGCACCGGGAUCGAGAAUUAAUAUAGCUAAUAUUUCCUGCCUCGUAAGAGCUUUUACUUUAACUCGUGAUCUACUUCAAAAAAAUAAUGAAAAAUCUAAAAUAAAUUUUGAUUCCAUCACAAUAAUUACUCCUGCAUAUUUAUUAUCUUCAAUGCUACUUCAUACUAAUACUAAACUGUCCAAUUCGACAAUUCAGAAUCAAAAAAUCAUGAACAAUGAUCACAGAACUAGAAAUAUACCCAUCACAACUCAGAUGACGUCUACAACUCAGAUGACAACUACAACUCAGAUGACAUGUCCAACUCAAACGACAUCUGCAACUCAGACGACAACUACAACUACUACAACAAAAGCACCCACAACAACAGUACGUUGCGAAGUACAAUGGUCAACGUGGAAUGCGUGGUCGUUAUGUACAGAUGAAUGUGGUGCAUAUGGAAGCCAACAACGGUCUCGUAGCUGCAAUCGCAACAGUGAAAAUUGCUCUUGUCGAGGAAAAUCGACAGAGACAAAAUUGUGCAAUCAAGAGCCAUGUUUAUAUCCACGUAAAUCAUGUCGCGAAGACUACGUCGUUUCAGCUUUCAUUUAUGAGUCUGAAAAUUCAAGUCAGGAGGAUAACCUAAGAAUGAAGUAUUUGAGAAAGAAAAAAGUUGAGGUAACGCUUUCAAAUCUGAUUUCGAGAAUGCUAAAAUCAAGAACUAAAGCGCAAAUUAAA